AUUUUGGUAUAAAAAUAAAUUUGAAGGGAUAUUAUAUAACCUAUGUUCUGUUUACGACCAGGAGGGCCACCACGCUACUUUAAUGUAGUUCCUGCUUCGCGGCGUAUCCGAAUGGGCAUGAAGCGGGAUUUUUUGUGUAGCAUACAAAGGGUAAGGAUUUUAUAGUCCAUUUACUAUUUUACUUCCUCGCGAUGCAAGAGAUCGGAUCGAGAUGUGGUAAACGUACGCGAGAAAUAAACCGGUCAUUUGGGCUUUGCUCUGUUCCUUGUAGCUUUUUGCCUUUCGCUCGCUUCUAUCUUUCGCUAUUCUACCAGCUAUCUAUUCAGUCUUGGGGUUUUUAUUUUUUUUUUGAUAAGAGACUAGCUUGUGUUAGCUCCGAAUCCCUACGGAUUUUAGAAUUUUGGGGGUAAUUUGGAAGGGGAGAAGGAAGGGGGAGGAGGAGAGGAUGGCAGACCCGAUUCUGAGUUGCUUCCGCUGCGGCGCUGUCGCGGUGCCGCCGGCGUCGACGGCGACGGGGCCGAGCCAGACGACCUCGAUCUACGAGACGCACCUCGGCCUCGCGGCCCUCUCCUGGUCCCGGACGGUCUUGGGCCUCUCACUCCGGGCGGACCUCCGCUGCGCUGGCGGCGGAGCCGCGGCUGCGACGGAGGACGAGAACGAUGAGGACGAGGAGAGCCCCAGGUUCCGCAUCCGGCCGUGGAUGUUCUGGAAGCGGAGGGGGUCGAAGCUGUUUCACCUCAAGGACCAGCAGCAGCACCGGACGGUGGAGUUCUCGUGGGACCUGACGCGGGCACGGUUUCCCGCCUGCGGCGGCCCCGAGCCGUCUGCCGGGUACUUCGUCGCCGUGGUGGUGGGCGGCGAGAUGCUCCUCGUCGCCGGCGAUCUCGUUGACAAGGCCUACAGAAAGACCAAAGUCGCGAGGGGAAAGAGCCCAUGGAACUCGAUCCUGAUCUCGAGAAGAGAGCAUGUAGCCUUGGGGGAAUCCGGCGGCGGCAGAUCGUACAAGACGAGGGCGCGAUUCGGGGGGAAAGAGAGAGAGAUCUCGAUCGAUCUGGAAACGAAGGAAAAGGAAAGGGAUGUGGGGAUGUUGUUGGGUGUCGACGGCGAGAUUGUCCUCCAGGUGCGGCGGCUCCGUUGGAAGUUCCGUGGGAGCGAGCGGGUGGAGGUGGAGGGCGGCACGCGGAUCCAGGUCUCGUGGGACCUCUACAACUGGUUUUUCCAGCGCAAGAACAAGGCCCCCACCACCGCCUCCGCCGCCGCCGCGGCGGAGCUCGGGCACGCGGUGUUCCUGUUCCGGUUCGAGUGGGAGGCCGGGAAGGAGAGGCAUUUCGUGAAGGGCUUCGGCGGGCCAGCGAGGGGGGUGUACUACUAUAAGGGGAUCGGGGGGUAUUUGGGGAAGAAUCGGAAUCGGAGCGAGAGCAGCAGCGGCGACGGCGGCGGCAACGUGGAAGGGAGGAGGAGAGGGAGGAAGAAGAGUUUGUUGAAGACGACCUGCUCCUCGCCGUCGUCGUCGGCGUCGUCGGCGAGCAGCUCGACGGUGAUGGAGUGGGCGAGCCCCGAGGAGACGGAGCUGCAGAACGCCGACGGGUUCCUGCUCUUGGUCCACGUCUGGAAGAGCUAGCAGGUGCAUUUUGGGAAUGACGACAUGGGGGAUUUUUCUUUCUUUUUUUCCUGGCCUUUAAAUCUCUUUAAUAUUGUGGACUUUUGGGGGCCUUCUCUUUUUGGUUCUUAUUGUAAUUUGUGGUUUUUUCUUAAAAAAGAUCAGAAAUAUGGAACUGACUAAUUUGUGUUUUUGGAUUUAGGCAUAUAGCUGAAUGAGAAAACAAAAGGAGCACGGUGGAAAUUAGUAAAUUUAAUGAGAAUACUGACUUUUCGAA